AUGCGUUUCUCAAUCUUCUCCACCCUCCUCGUCUCUCUCGCGACCCUCUCCACCGCCGCCGAACUCGGCAUCGAAAAGACCCACGAGGUAGAAUGCACCCGCAAAACCGUCAAGGGCGACACCGUCCAGAUGCACUACAAAGGCACGCUGCAGUCCGAUGGCUCCGAGUUCGACUCUAGCUACAAGCGCAACUCGCCAUUGAAGUUCAAGGUCGGUUCGGGUAUGGUUAUUAAGGGGUGGGAUGAGGGUCUCCUGGAUAUGUGCAUUGGUGAGAAGCGCACUUUGACUAUUCCCCCUGAGUAUGGGUAUGGGUCUCGUGGAGUUGGGCCGAUCCCUGGUGGUGCGACUUUGAUCUUUGAGACGGAGUUGGUGGGUAUUGACGGUGUUUCGAAGGAUGAGCUGUAA